AUGUCUCGAACAAAUGUAUACUCUACUCGACUUAGAUCCGGACGAGGAUCUUCUGCUCGGAAUGAGCAAUUAGUAGCAGAUUUGGCUGAGCCCAUUGAUGAGCCAAAAAUUGAAGAACCUGAUCAUGACGAUGAUCAGGAUGAGGACUCCUUUGAUCCAAGAGGAUCUUUGAGAAGCCCGUUUGAAUUAAGACAGCCGGCCGCUCGGGGCAAUUUGGCCGCUGAGUUUGCGCGACCUGAUCAAAGUAAUACACUUGACGAGACGGCUGAACCGCGUGAACGUCUUGAUGAUUGGAUUAGAAAUAAUCCAAAUAAUCUAAGAAAUCAGAAUACUGAGACAGAUCAAGAUGAUCCAGUUGCAUUAGCCGAAAAUGCAUUAACCCAAUCCCAGAAAGACCAAAUAUCACGGCGUAAUGCUAAAGUAAUGACGAAUGUGAUUAGACCUGAGAUAACUCGGAAUGAAUCUGACGUAUCUAAAGGCGAAGGACCGUCUAAACCCAAUAAAGGUAAUGUGGGAACCCACUACCGUCUGCGAUCAAAAGCGCGCGCGAUAGCAAAAGCCUGGCGUCACGAGACAGAGCAAAAGCCCAUAGCUGUGCCGACGGAUGCGACUUCCGACGUGAUACAGGAGCGCUGCACCGAUGACCUUAUCACACACAGGGGAAGAUAA